UGCACAUAACAUCGUAAAUCGUAUAUAAAUGUUAUAAGUUAUAACAUUAUUAUAUUUAAUAAUAAUAAUAAAUAAUAAUAGUAAUAACAACAUCAUACAACGACUGAUUUAUUGUAUUUACGAUUUCCACUGACGCCAAGUCGCCAAUCACCAGCGACCAGCCGACAUUCGACGUACCGAUUACAGACCGCAGUCGCCGACCUGACGUUCUCGUCUUUUUCGCGCUACCAUUAGUUUGCAGUUGCUUCGUACGAGAUGGCCAUCACAAACACAGUUGUGAUUCCGAGAAAUUUUAGACUACUUGAAGAAUUAGAACAAGGACAGAAAGGUGUCGGCGAUGGCACUAUUAGUUGGGGUCUUGAAAAAGAUGAUGAUAUGACUUUAACUCAAUGGACUGGAAUGAUCAUUGGACCGCCUAGAACUCCUUAUGAAAAUAGAAUGUACAGCUUAAAAGUAGAAUGUGGUCCUAUGUAUCCAGAUGAUGCACCUGUCGCUCGUUUUGUUACGCGCAUUAAUAUGAAUUGUGUUCAUAACACAAGUGGACUGGUUGAUAAUAGACAAGUUCCAGUGUUGGCUAGAUGGCAACGUGAUUAUAAUAUCAAAACUGUUCUGCAAGAGCUUAGGAGAUUAAUGACACUUAAGGAUAACAUGAAAAUGUCUCAGCCACCUGAGGGUAGCACAUUCUAGCCAUCGCCGCUGUCUGAACCAUGGAAUAGUUUGUACCUUGCGCCUCGCUAUCAACCUACAGCGGCCGCACCGGUACAACCUACACAGCCGAUGCAAGCAGUACAACAACAACAACAACGCCGCUUCAUUGGUCGUUGCCUGAGGAUUAUAUUCCCAUGCUGUUAUUAUACAGCUCCUCAGACCGACACCUAGAUUUUACUUAAAGUGUUUGGGAAAUGUCUAUCCCUUUCAUUUUUGGUUAUAAACAUAUUUUCCACAGGAAUAUAAGUUUUACAGAUCA